UAUCUUUGUUCAAGUCUUGAGAUUAAUAAAAGGGCUCAUCUGAGUCUCUCUCUCUCUCUCUCUCUCUCUCUCUCUCUCUCUCUCUCUCUCUCUCUCAUAUUAUAUGAGUAUAUUGAGAAAUUGAUUCUGAUCAGUUUUCCCGAUCAAGGACGACAAUAUAUAUAACACGAUGGUGUCGGUGAAUAGGAACGAUGAAGAAGAACUCAACCAGCCCUUGGUAGACAGUACUUCUACUUCACCUUCAAACGGCGUGGCGCAAGGCCAAACCGAUCAACCAGAAGAAGAAGAUUACAGGGAGAAAUUAGACCUCAAGUCAAAGGUGUGGAUUGAAUCAAAGAAGCUAUGGCAUAUAGUUGGCCCCUCCAUCCUCAGCCGCGUCGCCACUUUCUCAAUGAACAUCAUCACCAUAGCCUUCGCCGGCCACCUCGGAGACCUCGAACUCGCUUCCCUCUCCAUUGCUAACAAUGUCAUCGUCGGCUUCAAUUUUGGCCUCCUGUUGGGGAUGGCUAGUGCAUUAGAGACCUUAUGUGGGCAAGCCUUCGGAGCCAAGAGGUACCACAUGUUAGGCAUAUACAUGCAAAGGUCGUGGAUUGUGCUCUUCCUGUGCUGCUUCUUGCUACUGCCCCUCUACGUAUUCGCAACCCCGUUGUUAAAGCUCCUGGGACAAACCGAAGACGUGGCAGAGGAAGCCGGGUUGGUGGCCUUGUGGUUGAUUCCGCUCCACUUCAACUUCGCCUUCUUGUUUCCGGUGCAGAGGUUUCUUCAGAGCCAGCUGAGGACGGCGGUGCUGGCGUGGGUUUCGUUGGUGGUUUUGGUGAUACACGUGGGGAUUAGCUGGGUUUUCAUAUACUGGUUGGAGUUUGGAGUGGUGGGCGCCGCCGUGACUUUGGAUGUGUCGUGGUGGCUGACGUUUUUUGGGCUGUUGGGAUAUACUCUUUUGGGUGGAUGCCCAGAUACUUGGUCUGGUUUCUCCAUGGAAGCCUUCUCCGGACUUUGGGAGUUCGUCAAGCUCUCUGCUGCCUCUGGUGUCAUGCUCUGCUUGGAAAACUGGUACUACAGAAUAUUGAUAGUGAUGACCGGGAAUUUGAAAGAUGCUACUCUAGCUGUGGAUGCAUUGUCUAUAUGUAUGAGCAUCAAUGGUUGGGAAAUGAUGAUUCCUUUAGCUUUCUUCGCCGGAACAGGAGUAAGGGUUGCGAAUGAGCUAGGCGCAGGGAAUGGAAAAGCAGCUAGAUUUGCAUCAAUAGUAUCCGUGGUACAAUCCACCAUUAUCGGCUUAUUCUUUUGCGCACUGAUAAUGAUGUUACAUCACCAGAUAGCAUUGAUCUUCACAUCUAGCACAGAUGUCCUCGAUGCAGUGGAUAGUCUUUCUUUACUCUUGGCCAUCACCAUUCUUCUUAACAGCGUCCAACCAGUCCUUUCUGGGGUGGCUGUUGGAUCUGGAUGGCAAUCGAAGGUUGCAUACCUAAAUUUGGGAUGCUACUACCUUGUUGGGGUUCCUCUUGGAGUAGUUUUGGGUUGGGUAUUUGACUUGGGAGUUAAGGGCAUCUGGGAAGGGAUGAUCUUCGGGGGAACAUUUGUACAAACAGUAAUAUUGGCGAUCAUUGUUAUGAUGUGCAAUUGGGAAAAGGAGGCUGAGAAUGCUACUAUGCGUGUACGAAAGUGGUCAACUCCUCCCAAAACGGAUAGUGAAUCAUAGCUUUCCGAUGAACCUGAGAUUGAGCAAAUAGAAUUUACCACUCCAUCGGGGUUAAUUCAAAACUACGAGGUGGUUCAUUUUUGUUGUCGUUAUAUUAAGUUUGUUAGUAUAUCGGGUUUUUUUUCCCGAUCAGAUUACUGGGUAUUUAUUCCCUCUGCUAGCGGCUCUUUUAGAAAUGUACUAGGUGAAACACUUCGUGCACAGCACAAAUGUCAUGCGGCCCAUUGUUGAUUCGUAAUUGCAUAAAAUAACUUUUGGUUUAGAACAGUAAA